GCUCUCUCUAUAUACGCGCUGCUGCUCCUGCCCCUGCCAAACGGCUAAGACUGUUCCCCUUUAUCCGUUUCAGAAUUUCCAGAGCUCCGUCGAGGAACACAAAAGAUGUCACCGGCUCCACUGGUUCAGCAGGAUGCCGCCGCAGCCGACGAGGUCUCCUCCGUCGAGCAGCUCCUCAAGAGCUCUAAUCCGAACAAGGAGGAAGAUGAAGUGGUGGUCGAGGACGUGAAGGACGACGAGGACGAGGACGAUGACGAGGACGACGAUGAUAAGGAAGACGGCGCUCAAGGUGGAAGUGAGGCUUCGAAGCAGAGUAGAAGUGAGAAGAAGAGUCGAAAGGCAAUGUUGAAGCUUGGGAUGAAGUCUGUUACCGGUGUUAGCAGGGUUACCAUCAAAAGGACCAAAAACAUACUAUUUUUCAUCUCGAAACCUGAUGUGUUCAAGAGUCCAAACUCUGACACCUAUGUCAUAUUUGGCGAGGCCAAGAUCGAGGAUUUGAGCUCCCAGCUUCAGACACAGGCUGCUCAGCAGUUCAGGAUGCCAGACAUGAGUUCUGUGAUGGGAAAACCAGAGAUUUCGGCAGCAGCUGCUGGAGCUCAGGAUGAAGAGGAGGAAGAGGUUGAUGAAACCGGGGUGGAGCCUAGGGACAUUGAUUUGGUCAUGACACAGGCUGGGGUAUCGAGGAGCAAGGCCGUCAAGGCGCUCAAGACUCACAGCGGGGACAUUGUCAGCGCUAUCAUGGAGCUCACCACAUAAUUGGCCAAUGUCAGUAGUUUUUGUCAUGCUCAUUGUUUACUUGAUGAGUGUUUUGAAUCAGUGUCGUGUCGGUCAUUGGUUUUUGUAGCUCAAUCGGACGCCCGUCUAUGUGUAUCUGGAUUGUGCUUCUCUUUUCUUCUGAGGACUCAAAACAUUGGCAGUGAUGGCUUUCAGGUUUUCUGAUGUACUUCACUCCUGAGUCAUGAGUUUUUAAAGUUUUCUAUGUUCAUCUUUU